UUUGGAGCUGUAAUUACUGGUCUUGAUCUAAACAAUUUCACUGAAGAGAUUGUGGCUCAAUUAGAGAAAGCGAUCUGGGAGCACAAGCUUCUUAUUAUCAAAGGUCAACAUGAUCUUAAACCGAAGCGCUCCUGGGAGUUGCUGCGAGCGCUCGAUCCAGAAAUGAUAAUUGAGGACGAUGACACAUUGAUUAACUUGUUUCAUCCUCACCAGUGGUUUCGAGUCCCUGAUGCGGGUUUGUUCUACUUCAUUGGGAAAGGCCCCCAAGACGACCCGCGCUACGGCAAACCAGGUCUGGACAUGGGCGACGCUAGUCUCAGCCAUUACUACAGUGUACCGCUCUCAGACGAGGAUUUUGAGGCUGGACGUACGCGUUUCCACGUGUGGUACAUGAACGGAUUUUAUUGGCGACACGGUAUUUCAAAGUGCACUAUUCUCCGACCGAUCAAGUUUCCUACAGAAGGCCUGGAUAAGCAGACUGUAGAAUGGGCUGACGGCUCAGGUAUGACUAUGGAAGUCCAGCCAGGACGUCAGGCGUUUCUAGACGUUGAACAAUUGUAUGACAUGCUAAGCGACGAGGAGAAGAGAAUGGCAGACCAUAGUUGGGCUGAUUACAACUACUGGCCAUUUGAGAAUCUCAAGGACUGCCAUUAUGCUCCAAACGGCCUAGGUGUGGUAACUGAGGGCAGAGAGCAGCCAGAAGAAGAGCUGCUGAAGUUAGGAGGGGCAAGUAAAGAUUGGCAAAAGAGGUACCCGCUGGUCUGGGUUAACCCCGUUACCGGCAAGAAAUCAUUUCAGUGUAUGCAUCACUUGGUUCGUCGGUUAUAUAUUCGCAAUGGCCCAGACGAAACUCCGAAGAUUAUCGAUGACUUGGGCGAAGUGAGGAAGUUUUUGGAUAAGAUCCAAAGCAGAAUUAUUAAGCCUGAACACAUUUGGGUAGGUCCUGAGGAAGAGCAUGACUUGGUUAUCUUCGGGAGCUAUGGCCUGCUCCAUUCGAAUAUCGACUAUCCUGCUAGUUGGGGUAAAAAGUCGGUACACCAGGCCUUCAUGGCUACAAGCAAGCCGCCUGCUGGCCCGGUGCCCAUCCCAGAUAUUUCAAAAGAGUGA